CAACUCCUGCGUUCGCCUACACUAACCGCCUCUGGCAACCGCUGCCUGGCUCGCCUGCACUCUUACCCACUCUACGCGCAGCAGCCAUGAGGGCCGGAGCCGCGGGGACACCGGUGCUGUGGCUCCUCGCACUGGGCGUGCUGCUGUGCCCCUUGACCGCCGCCCCCUGGGAACUCACCAUCCUGCACACCAACGACUGGCACAGCCGACUGGAGCAGACCAACGAGGACUCCAGCAAGUGCAUGAACGCCAGCCGCUGCGUGGGCGGCGUGGCCCGGCUCUAUACUAAAGUGCAGCAGAUCCGCCGCACGGAGCCGCACACACUGCUGCUCGAUGCGGGCGACCAGUACCAGGGCACGAUCUGGUUCACCGUGUACAAGGGCCACGAGGUGGUGCACUUCAUGAAUACCCUUGGCUAUGAUGCCAUGGCCCUGGGAAAUCAUGAAUUUGAUAAUGGUCCAGAAGGUCUGAUUAAUCCACUCCUCAAAAAGGCCAAAUUUCCAAUUCUGAGUGCAAACAUUAAAGCACAGGGGCCGCUAGCAUCUCAAAUAUCAGGACUUUAUUUGCCGUAUAAAAUUCUUACUGUCGGUAGUGAAGUUGUGGGAAUUGUUGGAUACACUUCAAGAGAAACCCCUGUUCUCUCAAAUCCAGGAACAAAUUUAAGAUUUGAAAAUGAAAUCACUGCAUUGCAAUUUGAAGUAGAUAAGCUAAAGAGUCUAAAUGUGAACAAAAUUAUUGCACUGGGACACUCUGGUUUUGAAAUGGAUAAACUCAUUGCUCAGAAAGUGAAGGGCGUGGACAUCGUGGUGGGAGGACACACCAAUACAUUUCUUUACACAGGCAAUCCACCUUCCAAAGAGGUGCCAGCUGGGAAGUAUCCAUUCAUCGUCACCUCCGAUGAUGGACGGAAGGUCCCCGUGGUCCAGGCCUAUGCUUUUGGCAAAUACCUAGGCUAUCUGAAGGUCGAUUUUGAUGAAAAAGGAAAUGUCAUCACUGCACAUGGAAACCCCAUUCUUCUCAACAGCGACAUUCCUGAAGAUCCAGGUAUAAAAGCAGAGAUUAAAAAAUGGCGGCAAAAAUUAGAUAAUUAUUCUUCCCAGGAAUUGGGCAAAACAAUUGUCUAUUUGGAUGGCACCACUCCAUCCUGCCGCUUUAAAGAGUGCAACAUGGGCAACCUGAUUUGUGACGCUAUGAUUAACAACAACCUCAGACACUUGGAUGACAUGUCCUGGAACCACGUGUCCAUGUGCAUUUUAAAUGGAGGCAGCAUUCGGUCACCCAUCGAUGAGCGGAACAACGGCACGAUUACCUGGGAGAACCUAGCUGCUGUGUUACCCUUUGGAGGCACCUUUGACAUAGUCCGACUGAAAGGCUCCACACUGAAGAAGGCCUUCGAGCACAGUGUGCACCGCUAUGGCCAGUCCACUGGAGAGUUCCUGCAGGUGGGCGGAAUUCAUGUGGUGUAUGAUCUUUCCCAAAAGCCCGGGAAUAGAGUGGUCAAAAUAGAAGUUGUUUGUACCCAGUGUCGAGUGCCCAGUUAUGAGCCUCUCAAAAUGGAUGAGGUAUACAAGGUGAUCCUCCCAAGUUUCCUUGCCAAUGGUGGAGAUGGAUACCAGAUAAUAAAAGAUGAAGCCUUACAACAUGAUUCAGGUGACGAAGAUAUCAACGUGGUUUCUCAAUACAUUUCAAAAUUGAAAGUAAUUUAUACAGGAAUUGAAGGUCGGAUCAUGUUUUCUGCAGGAAGUCAUUGCCAUGGAAGUUUUUCGCUAAUAUUUCUCUCAUUUUUGGCAAUUAUCAUUGUUUUAUACCAAUAGCCAAAAACUCUCUUUGCCAUUAAUGUGUGGAACUGCAUUUUUUCUCAAAUGAGAUUCAAGCCUGCCUUUGAGGAACUGGCUUUGUAAGGGCACAGACUGUCCUAAAAGGCUCCGAGAAGCUGAGCUUAGAGGGUUGUAAAUGAAGACAGUGACAAGAUCACUCAGGAUCAACUUAGUGAACACACAGGAAGAAAAUUUAAAAGGAGCCCUAUGAGGGGAAGGCCAACCAUCUUUAGUUUACAUAUGCAAAUUUUAAUAAAAUUUUGUGAACAAUUUUAAACCAUAGAAAUCAUUUUUCUCCUUUAUAUCCAUUCUAAUCCACCAAACUACUCAUGUUUACAUAGAAUGUUAUUAUUUACAAGGGAGUUUUAAGCACAUUAUCUUACUUGCUGCUCAUCACUUUCUUUGGUGAGCAAGACAGGUGUUGUUUUUCCCAUGUGACAGAUGAGGAGACUAAAGCUCAGAAAGGGCUGACUUGUUUAAGGCCACACAGCUAAAAGUUACAGAUCCAAGAUUUGGACCUAGGUCUUCUGACCUCAAGUCCGGUGCUCUUUGAACUCUAUCCAGUUGCCGUUCAGAAAGAUACUUGAGGGUCUCUGCAAUAGCCCCAAGCUCAUAGAGGACAAAUCUCUGUUUUUCUGUAUUUUUUUGUUUUGUUUUGUUUUUUCCUUUUCAGCUCCUGCUGUUGUAGUAAAUUUAAUGGACUACACACAGGGCAGCAUUCUCUCUUGCACCACCCAUGUGCCUCUGAUGAGUCAGGUAAUAGGAAAGGCCAGAGACUGCAAGUCAAAGGGCAGGAAGAAAGGGAAGAAGAGGGCACCGAGGGUUGAUUUACAUUAUAGAAGAGAAAGAGCUAAAGGACAUUUAGAUUUGUUAAACAUAUGCGUGCUAAGGAGUAACAGCACAGUGCCUGACUUGUGGUAUUAGCUGUUAAUAAUUUUAUGAGAUUCCGUCAGUUCUGCCUCUAUGCUCUUUCCUCCCUUCUUCCUAAUGUGAAGAUGUCAUGAGAAGAGAACCUUCUCAGACAAGAUGAAUUCAAAACCUGCACCUGUCCCUCCCAGCGUGUACCAGCACUGUACUUAUUCUAGUCGCACCACACACACACACUCACCUCCCCCACUUAAGGGAAACCUAGAGGGGAGACAAGGGUGUUUUAAAAAUGAUAUACAACAGAAUUUUGAAGUCCUCUUUGCCACCAAAUCUGAAUAAUCAGCCUUAAGUCAUUCUCAAGUACAGAUAUGAGAACUCCUUCCGGGUGGCCCCUCUGAGUGGGGUGCUCAGGGAAUACUCAGACUGAUGAGAGGAUUUAUGCCCAAAGAACAAACACUUGCUUAAGGUGGUGAUGGGACCAUGUGAACCUUCUCAGCGUUGCAUAAAUGAUCCAACAAGAAAUGGGAAAUUUCACUUUAAAAAACCGUGAGCAAACAGCAGCUAGAGGUUUGGAGAGGGUGUAUGUUGGUUUCUUAAUGUUUAUAAAUAUUAAGUACUCGAUACAAAAUAUACUUUUAAAUUUCAUAACCUCUGUAUAAAGGCUGUUACAGUAAAAUAAUUCCCUCAGUUGAAUGAAUAUACAGAUUAACUAUAAAUAAACAAAUGUCAAUAAGCUUGUAAGGAAAAUUAGAGAAAGGUGCAUUUGGGUAUAUUUUUUAUGCUCGGCCUAGUAAACUAGGAAAAAUCCUAUUGGAGAACAACUUUUUAAAUAGUUUUGUAAGUUUUCUAAAUAUGUAUGCAUGUAUUAUGCAGUGGUUUAAGAAAUGACCUCAAACACUUUGCAAUUGUAGAUUCCAAGCAAUAAAACUGAAGAUAUGCUCU